AUGCUGAUUCCAAAGGCCGAUCGUCGUCUCAUCCACGAAUACCUCUUUCGCGAGGGCACCAUGGUCGCGCAGAAGGACUACAACCUGGCCAAACACCCUGCCAUCGACACCAAGAAUCUCUUCGUUGUGAAGGCUUGCCAGUCUCUCACUUCCCGCGGAUAUCUCAAGACGCGCUUCUCCUGGCAGUACUAUUACUAUACUCUCACGCCAGAGGGCACCGACUUCCUCCGCGAGUGGCUUCACCUUCCUGCCGAGAUUGUGCCUCAGACACACAUCAAGACUCAGCGUACCCACGCUGCUCCGCGCGCUCUGGGCGGCGAUGACGGUGAGCGACGUGGCGGUCGCGGCGCUCCUCGUGGCGACCGUGAGUAUCGACGCCGUGAUGCUGGUGAGGGAAAGGAUGGCGGGAAUGCACCUGCCGAGUUCGCUCCUCAGUUCCGCGGCGGA